AUGGUCAACCCGCGUUUCAUUCCUGAAAAUGUCUUUCAUUAUGCUGAUAUCGGUUAUGCUACCAAUGUUGAAGCACAAGAAGCCAAAAAAGAUGGAAUUGAACAAAUCAAUUAUUUGACAUUGGAUGUGUAUGCCCGGAAAUCUUCCACUUUGAAACCGGUUUUGGUUGUAGUUUCUGCAAAAACUAGACCGAAAUAUCCUACUCGAUUGUUUGAUGCGAAACGAGCUCUGCGAUGGGUAAAAGAGAACAUCAAAUUUUUUGGUGGUGACCCAGAUUUCGUCGCGGUUGGUGGUAUGUUACUUGCAUUAACACCAAAUGUGUCCGAAUUUCAACCAGGGUUUGAAGAUGUGGACACUUCCGUCAAAGCAUGCAUACUGAUAAAUGCUGUUACUGAUCUUUCUGAAAAGUAUUCCGGUUCAUCAACGAUAGAUGAAUCACUUGUAAAAAAACACUCACCAAUACACCUCCUUCGAGAGGAUGCUGUCCCAUUUUUAGUAUUUCAUGGUGAUCGUGAUGAUUUUAUACCUAUCGAAUCGUCCAGUCGUUUUGUUGAAGAAUACAAGAAAAGUAAUUGCUACGAGUUUAUUCUUUAA